CAUGGUACACUGCUCUCCGAUAAGAUUUGAUGCCCAGCACACUGCAUCUUUAAAUAUAGAAGCAAACAGAUCGACCUUCCAAAGACAAACAAGCCCACAAGACCAGCAGCACAUUCCGAGGAAAGAAAAGUUGAAACGGGUGUUGCCAUAAAUAAUCCAUAGGAGUUGUGUAGCAUGGGAACUGGAGCGGCGACUGAUCUUCUCUUGCAGGAUGAUCUAUUCUUGUCGUCACUGUUUGAUGAUGGUGAAGAUCAUGGGAAUCAGGAGACGGUGACUCCUCAAGUACCAGACUCUGAGUACGCCCUAGAGUUGCAGUUCCAGGAGGUUUUAGAAGUCUCCUGCGUGAUGAACAUGAAUCCUUCGAAAACGAAUGCUGGGUCUUUCUCGUCUUUAGUGGUUGUGGCUGAGGCAGACCCAAACAGAAGUCAGAUGAAAGUCAUAGACCCGGUUGAGAUGGGUGUUCAGAAAGAGGGUGGUCAGUCAUCAGAGAGCUUCUGUGAGAUUUGUGCAGAGAGAAAAGAGGCCAAAGAGAUGUUCAGGAUCAGGACCGUGUGUUCCCACACCUUUUGCUCUCUCUGCAUAAGCAGGCAUGUGGAGGCCAAAGUCCUGGAAAACGUCACCACCAUCAGAUGCCCAGGAUUGGAGUGUGAGGGCGUCCUGCAGAUUGAUUCCUGCAGACAAAUCCUCCCUGAGAAUGUUCUCUGCAUGUGGGAGAAAUCGUUGUGCGAGGCGAUGUUUCUCGAGUCGCAGAAGUUCUACUGCCCUUUCAAGAACUGCUCGGCCCUUUUGAUCAAGGACUGUGAUGAUGGGAAGGUGAUUAGGGAGUGUGAGUGCCCAUAUUGCCAUCGGUUGUUCUGCGCCGAGUGCUCCGUGCCGUGGCACGCCGGCGUCUCGUGCGAGGAGUUUCAGUCGCUGAAUGAGGAUGAGAGAGGGAGGGAGGAUCUCAUUGUGAGGGAGCUUGCGAAGGAGAACAAAUGGGGGAGAUGCCCCAAAUGCAAAUUUUAUGUGGAGAGGACUCUGGGUUGUCCUCACAUCAUUUGCAGGUGCCAGUUUCAGUUUUGCUAUGGAUGUGGAUCAGAAUGGAGUGAAGCUCAUGGUGGUUGCGCAAGAAACUAAGGAGCAAAAGGCACAGGAAAGAAGGCCCAACCAUUUAAUAUUUUCAAUUGCAUGUGAUUUUAUGGUUGAUUAGAACUUGGUACAGUGGAGUAAUGAAAUGAUCAAGGUUUUUUGGUGAA